ACCUUGAAGUUCGCCUUUAAACCCAGCAAAAAUCCUCUCUCCGAUUUCCGCUCGCCGGCCGUCUCCGAUGAAGAAGACCUUCACGCUCCUCCACACCGUCGCCACCGCCGGAGUCUUCUCCGCCAUCUCCUUCUGGUACGGGUUCAUGUUCGGGAGAGAAUCCGCUCGCAAGGAGCUCGGCGACCUGAUCGACGGCCUCCGCAGGAACAGCGGCGACGGCGGUGCGGACUCCGCGUCUCGUGCGUGAAAGUACGUCUCAUUCGAUGCUCAGGUUCAGUUCCGAGCUCGGCGUGUGCUGCAGAUUUUUAGCAUUUUUUUUUUUGGGUGGCGAGAAUUGUGUUCUGAUCGCGCCUUCGGAUUCGGUGACUGCGAGCGGAACGAGAAAUGUAGUUUCCGGUUUUCUGAUGAAUUCGAGGUAGGAUCGAGAUGAAACGGUGCGGUAGCAGAGAUUCGUAUCUACUACACUGGAGCACGUCUCGUCUGAAAACACGAUCGAUUAGCUUAAUUGGAUUUCGUGCUUCUUUUCCUCCCUUGUACUGUCAAAAGUUAUGGAAAUGUACACAAGCUUCUAACCGAGGCUGCACUACUCCCAUUACAUACCCCAAUAGUGCUGCCAUUCCCUGUUUAUUAUCAGAUUGGAACAUGCUUUUCCAUGUCUUUGUAUGCUCCUCUCUUAAACUGUAUAAUCGGUACUGCCGUGCUAAGAAAGAGCACAUCUAAGGUACUCUGAAUAGUUCAUUUCUUGGCUAGAAGCAUUGCAUCCUUGUAAUUACCAAGUUGAAGGGAUCUUUCCCUAUGCUAUGUCUUCUCAAUCUUAUGUCAUUAUUGGCAAUUUUAUUUA